AUUGAUAGAUGUAUGCGAAUGCGAUAGCCGUCGGAGUAGGAGAGGAGCUUUCCCCUUAACGAUACCUCUUCGCCCGUUCGCCGGAACUCUGCAGUUUAGACAGCGGCGUAGCUGCUGUGGACGUUCUUUUAUUUGACGCAGGUUUUUCCCUCUCGAUUGUCAGCUCCGCUGAGCUUUUACGGUUGAAUAUUGUGCUAAGAUUCAAAUACCGCUGUUGAAGUUAAGAUGACUGAGGAAGAUUUGGAGGUAAAAGAUUCUGCUGGUGAAGAUGGGAUAGAAAAUGAUGUUAAGGUUGAAAAUCGAAAAAAUAAAAGGAAGCAACGGUUAAUGGAUGAAGCUGCAAAGGCUGGAAAGCGUGGGAUUUGUUACUUGAGCCGUGUACCUCCACACAUGAAUCCUGUGAAGCUCCGUCAACUUCUUUCUCAGUAUGGAGAAAUUCAGAGAAUUUAUCUUGUACCUGAAGAUCCUGCGGCACAAAUGAACCGUAAACGGGCAGGUGGUUUUCGUGGACAAGAAUUUUCAGAAGGGUGGGUUGAGUUCGCGAAAAAGAGCAUUGCUAAAAGGGUUGCUAAGAUGUUAAACGGUCAACAAAUAGGCGGCAGGAAAAGGUCCUCAUUCUAUUAUGACAUUUGGAAUAUCAAGUACUUGAGUAAAUUCAAGUGGGAUGAUCUUACUGAAGAGAUUGCAUACAAUAAUGCUGUUCGGGAACAGAAGUUAGCACUGGAAGUUUCAGUUGCUAAGAAGGAAAGAGAUUUCUUCCUCACACAAGUUGAUAAAUCACGUGCCUUAAGUGCUAUUGAGGAACGGUUAAAGAAGAAGCAGAAAGUUCAACAAGAGUCGAUUGAAACUUCUUCUGUGGAUAACCAGUUUAUGCCAAAGUUGAUUAGGCAAGUUCCGCAGAAGAAGGCAGUGGCAGCAGGAACUGGAGAAAACAAAACAAAACUGUCUAAGGAUACACUAGCUGCAGUGUUUGGUGGCUCGUCAUGAUUGCAUCAUUGGAAGGUGGGCUUACCGGUUCAUGUGCAGCUUUCUAUUUUUUUGAGGUUGUAUUUUCUUUGUGCUUCCUAUCGAGCACCACCAUGUAACAUGACUCUACUUCUAAGAUAGGUAGGAUUGUAGAGGUGAAAGUUCUCAGGGAUUAAUUAUCGCACUUUCUCUUUCUCGAUGAUGAGGUUUUCAAUUUUCAUGAUACAGUUUGAGGUA